CUUUCACUAAUCAAAAUGGCGCCUGAGAACAUGAGUAUAUCUGUAAAUGGGCAAUCCCAAGUCCCUCCUGGAUUUAGAUUUCAUCCAACAGAAGAGGAGCUCUUGCAAUACUACUUGAAGAAGAAGGUUUCAAAUCAGAGUAUUGAUCUGGAUGUUAUCCGAGAUGUUGAUCUCAAUAAGCUUGAGCCAUGGGAUAUACAAGAGAAGUGUAAAAUAGGAACCACACCGCAAAAUGAUUGGUAUUUCUUCAGCCAUAAGGACAAGAAGUACCCCACCGGAACACGAACAAAUCGUGCAACUGCCGCCGGAUUCUGGAAGGCCACUGGCCGUGAUAAGGUGAUAAGCAGUAACUGCAGGCGGAUCGGUAUGAGGAAGACACUUGUGUUCUACAAAGGCCGAGCUCCCCAUGGCCAAAAGUCCGAUUGGAUAAUGCAUGAAUAUAGACUUGAUGACAACAACACUAGCAAUUGCAUCACUAAUGUGCCAAUGAUUGUGGGAGAGGCAGCGCAAGAGGAGGGAUGGGUGGUUUGCCGAAUCUUCAAGAAGAAAAACCUCCAUAAAAUUAGUCCGGGCAGCACAAUCAUGAGCGCCACCACUUCAUCCUUGACAACAGAAACAAGAAGUGCCCAAUCCCUGUUUGAUUCAUGCCCUGAGGGAGCUUUGGAGCAAAUGCUUCAAUACAUUGGAAGGACCUGCAAAGAAGAAGAGAAUGAAGCCAACAACAUGAGCACAAGAUUCAACCUCCAACCCAUCAACAAUCACAAUGGCUACAAUGAGAGGUUCUUGAAGCUUCCAAGCCUAGACAGCCCAAACUCCACCAGCAGCCAAGACUGCUACCAACCCAAUAUUCAUGAGGAGAUGAUGGGCGCAGAGAAUAAUAUUGAUGAGGAUUUUCAGCACCAAAUGGACUCAGGGCUCACCAACUGGGCAGCCCUCGAUCGCUUUGUGGCCUCACAACUGAAUGGCCAAGCCGAGACCUCUAGACAAUUGGCUUGCUUCAGUGACCCUUACGAUUGCAAUGAUGAUCAUCAUGAGCUCCAAUUACCAACAACUCUACGAUCAAUAUCUUCAUCUUCAUCCAACAAAUCCUACCAUGCCACCCAAGACUACAACAACAGCGAGAUCAACCUCUGGAGCUUUGCUCGGCAAUCAUCAUCUCUGUCGUCCUCCGACGCGCUGUGCCACGUGUCGAACGGUCCUAUAUAACGGAACAACCCAAUAUCAUAUAAGAAUGUUAUCUAGUCCAUCAAAGUCAGAGGAAUAUAAUUACAAGCACAGUAAUAUAUGUUAGACAAAUAAAGGUUAAUUAUUAGUUAACAAGUUUUUAUAGAUGGGUUGGCAUUGUCAAGUACCAUUAUCUUAGGUUAAUCACCAUGUUUACU